AUGCCCCUACCCUACCAGUUCGGGCCCUCAAUUGUCUGUCCGCGCCGCCCUCGCUCCGUCGCACCCCGCCAUGUGCCCGUGGCCUUUGCCACUCCCAAUCUGAACGCCCUUUCCGUGCGCUCGAGACAGAUCAGGCGUUCCUUGGAGUUUUGGAGACGCGUCAUCGCCAUCUGGACUUCCUUCAAAGUCACACAGGCCUACGUAGCGCUGCAGCGACGCUUCAGAAAGCCGGAUUGGCCCGCCAAGGUCUGGAGCGAGCAACAUGUCCGUGCGGGCGAUAAAAUGCUCGACCUUUGCACGUCGCUGAAGGGGUUUUACGUCAAGUCAGGGCAACUCGUUGCGUUGCAGGCGUUUGUCCCGAUGGUCAUUAGGAGAAAGCUGGCCAUUUUGCAAGACGACAUGCCCCCCAUGUCUGCGGAGGAAUCGCGCCGCGUUAUCGAUGAAGAGCUACAAAAACUGGGCAAAUCGAGCGCGAUUUUCGAGUCGCUCAACUUAGACAACGUACUCGGUAGCGCAAGCAUAGCACAAGUGCAUCGCGGGAAGCUGCGCGGCGGGCAACAAGUGGCGGUCAAGGUGCAGUUCCCCGAAAUGGAGGCGCUGAUGCUUUCCGACCUAGCAAACUACCGCGUACUCGCAGAGGUGCUGCAGAGGACCGAACUGAAGUUUGACCUUAUCGGGCCCGUCAAGGAGCUCGCCAAGCAGGUGGCUAUGGAGUUUGAUUUUGUCGCCGAGGCGGAGGGCAUGGACGAGAUUAGACGUGCCCUUCGGCAGUACCGUAGUGUGUCCGUGCCGGCAGCUGUGCCGGGGCUUGUGUCUCGCAGAUUGCUAGUGAUGACCUACCUGGACGGCGUGCCUUUGACAAAGCUGGACGGGAAGCUCGGCAAGUUUAGAAGUGAUAGAGUUGUGCGCAGAAUCGGGCGCAAGGUGCUUGAAAACCUAACGGCAUGCUACGGCAAAAUGAUUCUGUCCGACGGUUUCUUUCAAGCAGACUGUCACCCCGGGAACAUCCUUGUGAGAAACGCCAAGAUCGACAUUGGGCUUCUCGAUUUCGGACAGACGAAACGUUUUUCCGGCGAGCAGCGGGUAGCAUUCGCACGUCUAGUGGACGCAAUGUCGCGGCAAGACACGCGGGGAAUCCGGGUUGGGCUAGAGGGCCUGGGCAUCCACAUCAAGGCGUCGAAGCGUGCACGGAGGGGGCAGUGCAGGAAGACCACGCUGACGGCCGAGGAGCAGCUUGCGUACACGAUGUUCGACACGGCGGCUGUGCCGGGCGUGUCGGACAACCCGUUCUCGGAGGACAGCGCUUUGCGCGUUGCCACCGUGGACGAGCUGCCGCAGGACCUCGUGUUCCUGCUCCGCACGAUGCAGCUGCUGCGGGGGAUUAGUAGCGCUACUUUCAACGCCGACUUUUCGAUGGUGGCGUACUGGGGGGAUAUUGCUAGGGCGCAGCUUAGGGGAUUGUCGCGCGCCUCUCCGGCGCUUAGUCCUGGCGGGGAUUUGUUUGUGACGGUGGAGCGCAGUUGA